AUGACGACCUUCGAGUCCCACGAUUUCACCCUCUUCCCUCAAUCCAGAAAGAUGGCCGAAGCUAGAGUUAAACAAUCCUACUAUGACCCCAUGGCCGCAGACCCGGGCAUGUUCUCUUACCUCGUGGAUAACCUAGCCCACUACGGACAAACCGAUCUGGCCCGUCUCCACCAUCCCUACUACAACCAGUCUUUCGAGUCUGCAGAGCUCCAAAAAGCCGCCCAUUUCUCUUCCUUGCCCACUACACCUCCUUCAGUGUCUGCAUCCCAUUCAAACGAGCCACAUAUCCCUACUGGAUCUGCCGCCUCGGGACCUUCUAUUGCCAGUGCAUCCUCCUCGGCAAUGGGCUCGCCAUACUCCGGCACUGCUCAGACUUUCCACGACAACUGGGUAAACACAAAUCACGGAUUGGGUCUACAGGCUGCAGUUAUGAAUGAUAUGUUCCCCAAUGAGUACAUGGGAAGCGCAGUCGACAUGGACGCACUUUACCAGAACAAGUUUCCAGACACCUAUGUCGAUCCCUCAUUGAUUCAACCAAUGCAACCAAACCAUGGCGUCCCUCCUGCCAUCGCUUACCCCGAACACCCUACCUCUUCUUACUCUAACGUGCCGCCAAUUUACCUCCCACAAUCUCCUGCCACUUCACCUGUUCCUUAUAAUGAUAUCCCAGAGCGCUCACCGCGCUCAUACCCAGUGCAAAACGCUGGCCCCUCUCCCCUCAUGGUUCCACAACCCUCAAACACACGGCCGCUCUCGGUCUAUGACCGACGGUCCUCAAUCUCCUCCAUUCAGUCCCGGCGCUCACAAUCCAGUCCCACACUGAGCAGCCUGGAAGCCGAUGAUGAUGUCCAAGAAAAAGGGCGAUGCCCACACCCUGAAUGUGGUCGAGUCUUCAAAGACUUGAAGGCUCACAUGUUGACGCAUAUGUCAGAACGCCCAGAGAAGUGUCCGAUUUUGACUUGCGAAUACCACACCAAGGGAUUCGCUCGUAAAUACGACAAGAACCGUCACACCUUGACUCACUACAAGGGCACCAUGGUGUGUGGUUUCUGCCCCGGGUCCGGAUCACCAGCCGAGAAGAGCUUUAACCGCGCCGACGUGUUCAAACGUCACUUGACCUCCGUCCACGGCGUCGAACAAACACCACCAAACUGCCGCAAGCGCAGCCCCGGCGGCCCCAAGAAGGGCACAAAUUACAGCCCCGAUGCUACAGGAAAGUGUUCGACCUGUUCAGGAACCUUCAGCAAUGCCCAGGACUUCUACGAGCACUUGGACGACUGUGUCCUCCGUGUGGUUCAACAGGAAGAGCCCUCAGAGGCCAUCAACCAGCAGCGCCUGGCAGAAGUUGCUUGCGACGAAGAGGUCAAGAAGACCAUGGAGAAACAUCAGCUUUUCGACGGUCCCGUCGAUUAUGAUGACUGCGAAGAUCUCGACGAAGAUGACCUCGAUGCCGCAAGUUGGCGCGGCAUCAAGAAAUCCAAAAGCACCGUCCCUGCAUCCCGUCCAAUCAUCGGCUCAGGCAACGCAAUCUCGAAGAACAAAGCUCCUCGAGCUGUCGCUACCCGCCGUCGCAACAACCGCGGCAACUACCCGAACUCCUGGGGCUGCCCCAGCAGCACAAUGAAGACCAAGAAGCGAGUCCUCUGCGUCUUCGAUGGCCAACGCCGCCUCUGGAAAGAUGAAAUGAUGCUGAACAAUGAGUUCGAAGUUCGUCUCCAGCUUCCUGCUGGUUCUGACAGCACAGGCCGCGAUGCCUACAUCACCGAUCUGGACGUCGAGACCCUCAAGCGUGCUGAAGGUGUGCUGAAUGCCUCUGAAGAAGAGCGUGGGCCUUGGCUGAACGGUCCUUUGCCUCACAUUAUGGGACAACCGGCGAUGCUAUUGCCGGAAAUGUCCCAUCAUGAUGAUGAGCUCUCUAUCAAUGAAUUAAUGGCCUGA